AUGGAGCCAGUGCUUAUCCAGAGCAAUUACUCCAACAUGAAACUAGCAUCGUCAGUGCCGAUUUACACCGCAGCCUCAAGGAAUCUCGUCGGAUUUUCAAUGGAGCCUUGGUCCACCAACCAGACGCGCCCUACGGCACCCUCUACGAUGUCUUCGUCAAGAUUAAUUAUGUCACAACUUCCUCCGGCAGGACUUUCGACCACAAUGGCGUCAACUGUGCCAUGCAAUCCACCUCUCACUGUUCCUUUGACCAUACAAGCAUCAACGCCUUUCCCAAGCGAAGCAGUAGGUACAAAGAAGCAAGUCAGUGUCAUCGGACAAACCGUAUCUACGGCGCGUCAGCCGGUUCUGCACAGAAGUAGUGAGACCGCUAUAACUUCGACGGUAACGACCAGCAACAAUGAACCUCUUCUUUCUACGCAUCAUCCAGUAAAUCAAGAGUUCCGUGAAAAUACGGCAACCGUAGGAAUGCCGGCGCAAAAUCACUACAUUCCACAUCAAACGUUUUUUUCCACGACAGGCAACGAAAUGCCAGCGCUACCACACCAAGCGCAUCUACCAUAUUCUUCAUUGUACCAGCAGCCAAUACCAACGUACUGGCCACCGCCUUACUACCUGCCACAGUAUCCGACGCCAAAUAUAGCCGCAGGAAUAUUAAACGCCCAACAACUAGCCGCUCGUCAUGUGGUUUCGCGGGAACUGCCAAAAUUCUCUGGGGACCCACUAGAAUGGCCCAUGUUUCUAAGUGCUUUCGAGUCCACGACUACGAUGUGUGGUAUACAACCAGACGAGAACCUCGCCAGGCUACAGAAGUGUUUAGUAGGGAAGGCAAGAGAAAAAGUACACAGUAUCCUCACAUUUCCAGAAGCAGUUCCCGAAAUAAUAAAUACAUUGCGAGAUGAGUGUGGUCGACCAGAUCAGCUGGUACAUUGCCUCAUGAACAAGAUAAGAAAUGCUCCUGCCCCUAACGUCAACCGGCUUGAAACGCUAGUCACCUUUGGUCGUGAAGUACGGAAUUUGGUGACUUACAUAGAAGCCGCGAAUCUACAAGAUCACCUUUCUAAUCCUAUGCUGUUGACGGAACUGGUUGGUAAGCUUCCACCUAGUAUCAGAUUGGAUUGGGGUCUACAUACACAACGGAUCUCUCAAGUCACACUGAAAGCUUUCAGCGACUACGUGUCGUCGAUAAAGACAGCCGCCUGUCAAGUCACCACGCUUUCGGAGACCAGCAUUCAAGAUGAUCCAGGAAGGUCUGGCCGAAAAAAGGAGAGGAAUGCUUUCAUCAACUCACAUUCCGUGGAAGUAAGCAAUAGAGAUAGAAUCGCACCAACGAAAUCACAGAAACAACCACAGCCGUGCUUGAUGUGUCAGCGUAGCGAUCACAAGAUUAAAACCUGCAACCGUUUUAGUUCGUUAUCUGUAGCUGAGCGAUGGAAGUUGGUGGAACAACAAAAAAUAUGUCAGCGCUGUCUCACAUGCCAUGGAAAAUGCAGGACGAGUCUGCCAUGCGGAAUUGACAAAUGUGAAGAGAUGCACCAUAAAUUAUUGCAUCCUGGUAAACCAAAACCGAGUGCUCCUGUUGCCAGCGGACCAAGGGUCGUCACUACCCACCGGAGUAAGCAGCACAGUACACUCUUCAAAAUAUUACCAGUAACGCUGUCAAACAAUGGAAAGUCGAUAACGACCUUCGCCUUUCUAGACGAUGGUUCCAAUGUGACACUUCUCGAAAAUAGCAUCGCAGAAACACUCGGCUUAGAAGGGGAAGAAAGUUCGCUCUGCUUACAGUGGACAAACAAUGUCACACGAAAAGAAUCAACGUCCAAACGAGUACAAUUGACCGUAGCUGGAGAAGGUGGAAAUAAGCGACAUCUUUUGACGCAGGUACAGACUGUGGACAACCUAGACUUACCACGGCAAACCCUGGAUUACUUUGAACUAGUGGACCAGUUUCCUCAUCUACGUGGACUGCCGAUCAAAAGUUAUUCCAAGGCAGUCCCCACGAUAUUGAUCGGUGCCGACAAUGCCAGAUUAAAGCUACCACUAAACAAGCGUGAAAGACGAGAUGACGAACCAGUUGCCGUCAAAACAAAACUAGGUUGGACGAUAUUCGGGGGAAGACGCGGAAUCCAUGUCAAUAAUCAAACAAUGGUACACAUUUGUGACUGCUCCAUAGAUCAAGAGCUGCAUAACUUGGUUAAGCAAUACUUUGAAAUGGAUCAGUUGGGAUUGACUGUCUUAUCAACUCUAGAGUCAGAAGAGGAUCAACGGGCAAAGCGAAUACUCAAAGAGACAACUAGGCGUUUAGAAUCCGGCCGGUUUGAAACCGGAUUAUUAUGGAAGAGCGAUGAAAUAAAGUUUCCUGAUAGCUAUGCGAUGGCUGUACGGAGACUCAAAUGCUUGGAACGUCGAUUACAGUCUGAACCAGAUCUUCGCAGAAACGUGGAUGCGCAGAUAGAAGACUACCAAAAGCAAGGGUACGCGCACAAGGCAUCUGCAGAAGAGCUACAAAAGUUUGAUAAUCAACGUGUAUGGUACCUGCCACUCGGAAUCGUACGCAAUCCACGUAAACCUGAGAAGAUUCGCAUAGUGUGGGACGCAGCUGCGCGCGUUGGAGGUGUUUCUUUGAAUUCCAUGCUUCUUUCCGGACCUGAUUUAUUGACCCCGCUCAUGUCAGUUCUCUGUCAGUUUCGUCAAAAGCAGUAUGCUAUCGCUGGUGAUAUAAAACAAAUGUUUCAUCAGCUGCGUAUCAGACAGAGAGACAGACAAUCGCAGAGAUUCUUAUGGCGUACGAAUCCCGAAUGUACUCCGGAAAUUUUCGUUAUGGAUGUGGCGACAUUCGGGGCUACCUGUUCCCCGUGCUCAGCCCAAUAUGUAAAAAAUUUAAACGCAGUGGAGCACGAAGGGAAAUACCCGGAAGCAGCAAGAGCCAUCAUACAAAACACGUAUGUUGAUGACUACCUCGACAGCCGAGACACUUUAAAGGAAGCAAUCCAGUUGGCAGUCGAAGUUCGCGAGAUUCACAGCAACGCCGGGUUUGAAAUUCGGAACUGGCAGUCCAACCAUCAAGAAAUAUUACGACAAAUUGGAGUGGACCCAAGUUCGCUGCAAGAAGCAAAAAGCUUCACCGAUGAGAAGUCUAAGGUUACAGAACGUGUUUUAGGAAUGUUGUGGGAACCCAACGAAGAUUUGUUUGUAUUCUCGGUUCAAUUUCACCAGGAUCUCCUUCCAAUAUUAUCCGGGGAAGUUGUACCCACUAAACGACAAGUUCUUCGAGUGGUAAUGAGCCUCUUCGACCCGCUCGGCCUCAUCGCGUCCUUCACGAUCCAUGGGAAGAUCCUUAUCCAGAAUAUUUGGAGGUCGGGUGUUAGCUGGGAUCAACGGAUAAUCGACAGCGACUUCACAAAUUGGAAGCGCUGGAUUAAACUGGUUCCUGAAUUGCAAAAAGUACACAUCCCACGAUGUUAUUUCCCAAACUAUGACCGAAAAAGUUACGAAUCUCUACAGUUGCACGUUUUUGUGGAUGCCAGUGAGGUCGCAUACUGCGGUGUUGCCUACUUCCGCAUCAUCGACCGUGGAAUGCCCCGAUGCUCUCUAGUAGCAGCGAAGGCUAAAGUGACUCCUUUACGACCACAAUCCAUUCCUCGGAACGAAUUGAACGCUGGGAUAAUAGGUGUACGUCUAAUGAAAACCAUCACGGAAAAUCACUCACUGCAAAUUACAAAACGUUACUUCCACACGGACUCAACCGUACUUCUGGCGUGGUUACGUGCUGACCCAAGGAAAUAUCGACCGUACGUUCAGUUCAGAACCACUGAAAUACUAACUGAAACAGAAUUAGAGGAUUGGCGCUGGGUACCCACUCGGUUGAACAUCGCAGACGAAGCAACAAAAUGGGGAAACGGUCCCAGUUUUGAUGCUCAGAGCAAGUGGUAUCGUGGACCAGACUUUCUUUGGCAGCCAGAAAGUGAAUGGCCAGAGAAAAGGGUUCCUACAAAUGAUCCAGUUGAGGAUCUAAGAAGAACCAACGUACAUCAUGGAAUGUGCAAAGAAGUUGUUCUAGACUUCGUCAAAUAUUCACGAUGGAAAGAUAUUAUCAAAUCUUUGGCCUACCUCUACCAUUUUGUUAACCGCUGCUCAACGAAACAACGGGUUCGAUCCAGUUCGCGUACAGUAAUGUUGACUCGUCAAGACUACGUAUCGGCAGAAACGGGUUUAUGGCGGAUGAUUCAAGCACAGGAAUUUGAAGAGGAGAUCAUCGCAUUUCAUAACAGCAAAUCAUCAAUAAAGAAAGAAGUUCGGCUCGCUAAGUCUAGCUCGUUGUCCAAACUGUCGGCAUUUAUGGAUGAAGAUGGAGUUUUGAGGAUGGAAAGUCGGAUAGACCCGAAGGCAGCUUACUAUCCCUAUAGUUUCCGGAAUCCAAUAAUUGUCCCUAGAGAACAUUACGUAACCGAGCUUCUGGUAUUAAAAUUCCACCAACAGUACGGUCACGCUAACAACGAGACCGUCGUCAAUGAGCUUCGGCAGCUUUACUAUAUCCCUGUUGCGCUCCGUGGUAAAAGAGUAGAUGGGAGGUGUGUGGAGCGAAAAGUUCGCUCUAUUAAAGAUGCACUAAAAGUUCUUGCACACCGUGAAAAGCUGGACGACGAAGGACUUUCCACAUUACUCGCGGAAGCUUCUAUGAUAGUUAAUUCGCGGCCCCUUACAUUUGUUCCGCUAGAGUCUCCUGGACAUGAGGUCCUGACUCCGAACAACUUCUUGCUGAUGAGCUCGAAUGGAGUCAACAAUCAUGUGAGAUUCCCGAUUAAUGAAUCAAUAUCGCUACGCACCAACUGGGGAGUAAUGCAGCAUAUAUUGGAUCAAUUUUGGGCUAGUUGGAUCAAGUCGUAUCUACCGACUAUUGCUAGGCGUACCAAAUGGUUCAACGAUGUUCGUCCGCUUCAAGUGGGUGAUCUGGUAGUGAUCGUUGACGAAACUGUACGAAAUGGUUGGCUUCGGGGACGAAUUAUUAAGACUUUCCCCGGUAUCGACGGACAAGUACGUAAAGUAGACGUUCAGACUGAGUCAGGAGUACUACAACGACCGGCGAUCAAAGUAGCUCUUCUAGAUGUGCUGGACAAUGGUAAUGCCAACUGA